AAAAUCUAACCUAUACUAAAAGGACUUGAGCUAGCCUUUUUAGGGUGUACACGUCGGAUUGGAAAUUCAUCCAAUCAUGAGGUUUUAUUAUGCCACAUCACACCCGCUUUUAGUCUAUACAGAUUUUUCGAAGGCAUAUUCAUGUGGGCUGUUAAUAUUUGGACGUGGCCCAUUAUCAGCCGAACUCUCUUCUUAUCACAAUGUUCUUCGAUAUUGUUUCGUCUCUUCCCCUUCACUGGCAUCGUUACCUGUUUCUGCAAUUCAACGUUUAUCCCGAUCCACUCUCACUCAUUCAAUUCCGUAACUGACCCAUUCAACAAAGUGUUGACCCUCGCUUCAGCUUUUUCUGCGCUCUAUAUAAAUGUUGCUCGGCACUUCCAUGGCAGCCCUAAUUAUUACUCAAAUAGACAUCGGGUGAAGCUGCUCUGAAGGACUCACGAUCGGUCGCAAGGUCAAGAUAUCAGAGAACUGUUAUGUGAGUCUACCACUUUCUUUUUUCACCUCGGAUAUUGUUUCACAAGGUUUUUGAUUAGUUUUACUCAACUCAGGACAAUCACGAUCUUCUGAUUUAAUCAUUCUUAGACGUAUGAGAAAGUGAUGCUAAUGUCAAGGCAAGAUUUCGGGAGUAGCCAUCUUUGAGCUGUACCACAAGCGCUGCAGCAACACACAACUUCUAUUUUCAUUACAAGCUUGAAUCAUAUGGGUUUUAUCCGGUUAGAAGGUAAGGAAGAAGAGAAAAACAUCAACCGUGAUGCAUAGAAUAUAAUAGCAAUCAUUAUCUUAAGUUCAGUGAAGUGAUACUUAGGAGCAAUCUGUUUGUUUUUAUUCAGGGCGUGUUGGAGAACGGAAUGGAGAUAGAUGUGAAGAGGUUGUCAACAAACUCGGGCCAAGGAACGGUAGCGUUUAAGAAUGAGGUCAAGCUGAAGAAUCUCAUGAGGAUUUUAAGAUGUUGUGUUGAACUGGAGGAAAAUAUGUUGAUAUAAAAGUAUCUACCAAACAAGCGUGUACAUUUUGAUAUUCGGUAGGUGCUUACUUUUUUGUAUCCUGGUUCAAGUUUCUUUUACGAAAAAACAGUGACUUUAAUUUAUUUCCCUAUUUUCAAUUAGAUGUAGAGCAUAGACCCUUUGGAUUGGCCAAAACGGAUAUACAUAAUCCAAGGGAAAGGAAGAGGGAAGGCUUUAACCGUAGAGGAUAUGAGUCGUGAAGAUCAGAAAGAAGUCUGAGGCAGAUCUCAGCGCUAAUUCUUAUCUAAUAUCCAAGGGGACAAAGCCUGCUUAUGGUUCUUUUGAUCAAACGGUGCGUAUUUGGAACAUUGAACCUCACACUGAUCUAAUAUCUUUGUCUUACGCUUAAUUAUAAACGUUUGUUUUUUUGUGAUUUUACAACUGCGAAAAUUUAUAUAUGUUUUUGCUAUUAGUGUAGUUUCCAUUGAGUUUUUGAGUCAUAUUGCAUAAAUGAGGAAAACAUUACUUUCUUAUCAGAUAGAAUAAGCUAGAAUCACUUCCAGCAUAACAUCAAUGAACUCUCAUAUCAAACAAACCCGUGAUUAUUGAUUCUAUUAUUAAGAAAAGCAAUCUGAUUAUUAAUUAUCAUUAUAUUUAACAAUAAUAUGAGUUUAUCAGCAACUGAUGCAUUUGUUUCAAGUGGUCUCUCUGCAAUAGGUAGCAAAUACGGUGGUGUUCGUUACUUUGUUUUACUUAUCUCUUUUAGUGUUUCUAUACCUGAUUUUUUUUUGUUUUUUUUUACUGAGAUGUUUUGACAAUUUAAGAAUGAAACUGAGAUGUGUUUCUGAUAUAUCUGACAGGGAAACCUGGUUACGAUUAUCAACGCUUUAUCAGGUUAUGUUCAUAGCAAAUGGCUUAAGCUUAGAAUCUACUCUGAUGCUGAAUAUAUGUAUAUACACAACUGGUACUUAUUAUUAUGGUAAUGCAAGUGAAAAGCAGAGUUAUUAAGAUUUUUGAUCUAACCACUAACAAUUUUAACAAUACCUCUCAUUUAGGUUCAUAAGAGAUCACAGAUCUCUGGUGAUAUAGAUUGGUGCCAGUUUCAUAAGAGAAUGUUUUAUUCACUUGGUUUGAAAAUGUCAGAGCUCUCUCAUUGUGUACGUAAGAAACGCAUAGAACUCCAAGGAUUAAUGAGAGUAAAAGCUCGUAAGGAGAUUGUGGAGCCUCAAAUGCUUUUACUGGAACAAUGGAUAACUCUCGAAGAAGAAUACUCAACUUCUCUAUCAGAAACAUCUAAAGCUUUAUUGAAUGCUUCAUUGCGGCUCCCUCUAGAUGUCGAUAUCAAGGUUGAGACGAAAGAGUUAGGAGAAGUACUUGCGGUUGCUUCAAAGUCCAUGGAAGGCAUUGUGCAGAGCAUUGGACAUUUUUUGCCUAAGACACAAGAGAUUGAGAGUUUGUUGUCGGAACUAGCGAGAAUAAGCAGCAGAGAAAAAGUAUCAGUAGAAGACUGUGGAGUUGCACUGCUUAAGACACAUUCGUCACAUGUUGAAGAUUGCAAUCUUAGAAGUCAGCUUAUACAGCAGCACCACAAGCAAUGUGUAUAAAAAAUGAAUUUGAAUCUCCCUUGCAUAAAUAAAUGUAUCACACAAAAGAGUAUAAUAAAAGGUUUUGGUAAAGUCACUGUACUCAAGAAAGCUGACGCUGUGGAAGCUAAUAAGAACAAAGGCAAUGCUUUCCGCCGCUGAUGAUAGCAAAUGUUGUUCCAAUACAACAAAGUUUUUGUAUUUUGAAAUGUAAAAUUAUAUGUCAAAGAAAACAGAUUUGUUAUAUGUUUCUGAUUCCAGGAUACGUUUGAGAGCAUCAGAUUCAUAAGCACGAAAAUGUAUUUGAUCUUUGGAAAUGUGAGGCCUUAAUAAUCUUUAGGCCCAUAAAAUAGUCCAUUUUAAGUGGUGACUCCAGUGGACCACUGCCCACUGGUGGUGUGUAAUAAUAAUUAGUAGGGCGUUGAAAUGUGAAUCACAUUAUGUGAUAAUGAGUCAAUCCCAUACCCGUGACAUGUAGUUGAGCAUAACACUCCAAAAUUCUACUUUGGCACUUUUAAAGAAACCACGAGAUGAAGCCAACUCUUUAUUUGUCUUUCUGAAUAUUGAAUAUUGAAUAUUUCGGUUCUUUUUUUCAAUCCUUUCAAGUAAGAAAAAUGUUGUAGUCAAGAUAUUAUAUUAAUUAAACUAACUAACUGAACUUGACCUAUGUUUGUAGCUGUUUUCAUUAAGGUCGUUGGUAUGUUAUAAUUUGGAAAUGACUUAGAGACAUGAUUAUAGACCCAGUUGUUAGACUUUAUAAUUGACCCAUUGUACUUUUUUUAUGGUUAUGUCUAGCUAUAGUAAGCAAUAAAGCUAGCAGAUGUUAUGUACAAAAAAUAAAAUAAAGCAGAUGUUGUUACAAGCAUACUCUGUUUGAUUUGUGUCUGCAUGUACCAAUUUUGUUUUUUUUUUUCAUAUCACGAAUGCGAGUUAUAAUAACGUGUCUGAUGUCAGCGUUCCUGAAUAUCUUGAUAUUAAAUGAUGAAAGUUUGAAUAUAGCAUCUAUAUAUUUACCACCUAUUUCCCCCUAUAAUACCAUGAUAGAAAAAUUAAACUGUAUUUCAUUUGGAAAAUGGAGACAAUACUUUUCUACAGUCGAGACAGAAUCCUUGAACAUCAACUAACAUUUUUUUUUUAAUUUGGUUCUUGCUAAUAAUAA